UAUUGCUAUUUCAAAGCCCGCCUCAGUAACGUACAACACGUAUUAGCCGCAACGUUCACGCCAAAGAAAAUCUACCAAUCACAGUGUGCAUAAGUGACCUUCAAGUGCUCAGCCUCUCCAUAAGCCAUUUGUGCCGCUAUCCUCUGUCGGUAUGGUGGACUGUAAUGUUGUGGUUAAUGUCAGUGGCCCCCUUAAUCAUGCAUGGCUAUCAGGGGAUACACUGGGUGUCUUCACGAAGUCUGACAAUACCUUUAAAGCGAAGUCAGGUGAUUUGAUGAUUGAGGAAGUUAGGUGGAGCACUUCAAUGCAUAAUGAUGAAUUUAUGAGGCGCCUCGUUAAACACUCAUUCGAAAUAUUUUCGGCUCUGCAAGAGAAUACAUUACAAAAAUCGUAGGUCACACACCUUUAACAUGCUAGUUUUUAGGUGUAUUAAUUACAGUAUUCAUUAUAGAGCUGCUCUGGCUACAUGUUCCAACGAAAUAUUUUCAUUUAUAAGUAAGAAUUUAAAAACUAACCUCUUCAGAAAAUUUGGAUAGCAUUGAUGAGGCUAGAGCGAUGCAUCUUACUGCUGAAGGAAAAUUAAUUCAAACUCUGGAACUUAUAUGGCAUCUCGCGGAGUUGGUUUUUAUGCAGGUCUUACCGUGUGGAUAUUUGGCAUUCAGUCUUUGUAGUUGGUUUUACGUACAGUCUCAAGAAGCGGCUAAUUGCGCCCGGGAGUUUUUAGAAAGUGUUUCAAAGGAGCAGACCGAUAGUGUUUUGAUACGUGAUAAAUUAAACAAGCCGAAAUCCCUUGAAAAUAACCAGCACUUUUGGUCUACAAUCCUAAGUUUGGUUUUACAAGCUAGAUGUCAAGAAGCAGCCAGUAUACUUGUUUUGCAUUCUAACUCUAACGGUCGUGGUCUUCGAAGUCUCCGCCAACUUUUGUCAGCCAUGCCAGUCGCUUCGGAUUCUGAAAAAGAAGGUAUAUGGACUGAAUAUGGUGCUCAGUUUUCACAGGCUUGGAAUUACUGGCAAUCCGAGUGUCAGCAUCGCAUGUCAUCAGGAGAGUUCGAACAUGUUGGUGGUGAUGCAAUUUCAAUCGAAUAUGUAAAGUUGAUCGUGAAUAUAAUAUCCGGGCGCACUUCUGUUUGGGAUGAUCCACGAAUUCUGGAAGUUACUAAAGGUUCGCGUGGAUGGUUCUUUCGUUUUGUGUCAUUUAUCUUCUACACUGACCAGAUGGUGAAUGCCGAAGGUCUCAGUAAAAAUCUUGACCGGUGGUUAGCUUUAACAUCAAAAGAAAAUAGUGAACCAGGUUCAAAUUUUGAUCAGUCUGUUGAUGCUAUAAUUACAAGCAUUUUCCGUGUGGAUCUCCUUUCCUUUACUCACCUAUCAAGUGAAAAGUUGGGCAACUGUUGGUUUAUCGCACACUUUACAAAUCUUCUAAAUCAUAUAUAUCCGGGUAUUUUCAAUGAAUGUCUAGGUGGGCACAAAAAAGGUUCAGUUAAACCCACUUCUGAGCUCAAUAGUUCAUCAUAUCAAGGUGAAGAGAAGGUUUCGAUAGUUGAAUCUUUUCUUUUGAGUUAUGUGGAGUCUUUGUCUUCAGAAACUUGUUUACUGUCUAUUGCACUUGGAUAUUUAGAUUAUUGUAAAUUUGGCCGACCACUCCAAUCCACCUUGUUGUUGAGACAUGCUCGGCCAGUGUCAACUAGAGCUACAAACUGGUUCAUCAGUCAAGCCGAAAUUAGAGGAUUACAUUCUACUGUUGAAGAUAUAGCCAAGCUAAAUUGUCGUAAAUAUUUAAAUUUGUCUUUGCAAUCCAAUGAAAACACCAACCAUUUAAUACCUGUAUGUGCUCCGACAUGCAUGGCAGUUGGAUGGGCUUUAUUUGCACAUGAUUAUCCCACUAUUAAUCGGUUGGCUGAGAUUUCUCUUGCUAGAGAUUGUGGAUUUAUGAAUAAGGAUAUAUCGGAUGGAGAUCAAAAAGCUGCCUAUUCUAUGUGUUCAGAAGUUAGUGAAUUGGCAGCGAUAAUCCUCGGGUAUUUUAGAACAUUGCCAUUUAAUAAUGAAUCUUCAAGCAACAAUACGCCAGCAACACAGGUCAGUCGCCUUCCCUUAUCACCUGAAUUGGCUUUUUUGAUCCGUUAUUCCGAACUCCAACAAUGCUUUAAUGAUGGUCAUGUCGAAAGUGCAGUUGAUCGACUUAUUGAUCUCUUAGUUACAACAAGUUCUGGUGUUUCUUCUACUUGCAAUACCGAUAAACAAGAUUGGAAAAAUUCUUCCUCCUUAAGUAUCGAUUUACGUAUACCAACUCGUCUUAAAAUAAGACUACUGUCUGAAGUAAGGCAUUUAUUGGGGCGGAAUCGCUUACGUCGAGAUCAAGUGGAAGUGUUGAUUAGUGCUCUUGUUGAAUUAAGAGCAGACUUAGACAUUAAUUGUAACAAUACAAGCAUCAACCCUGAAAUGCAUUCUUUAUUAACAGGAAUCCAUAUGUCUCUUGCCAAAGAAUUGGCAUCAACAUUUUUCAACACUUGUGAAAGCAUUACUUUAACAACUCCAUCUGUAUCACCAGCUAACAGUGCAGUUAGUUUGGACUGGCCUUAAUUUUUUUUCUCUCAGCUACUAUCAUCUUUUUUUAAAAAAAGAUUUUCCACAAUGUAAAAAUCUUUCCUAGUUGUACAUUUUUAUGAUUUUAUGUAUUUCUGUUCCUUAAUAGUAAAGAUUUCAAUAUUUUGCUUUUUUGUGAAUAUGUUGUACAAUCCCUAUGUUUGUAUUCGAGAUUAGUUGUUGAUUAAAUUAUUUUCCAGUGUAAAGUAAUUUCACAGUAUCGAGUUUAAUGAGUAGGUUUAUAGGUUAGAAUCGAUGACGCGUGCUUUUGGUUUGCUUUGCAUGUCUUCUGUCUACACAGGCGUAAUUCGUAGCUCAGUGAGCAAAUUAGGUUUUAGUCACAGAUUCUCUGUAAUUUCAUUUGCCGUUUCAUUUCAUAACAGUCUAUUAUAAAAACAGUGCGUUGGUGGCAUAGUGGUUAGGACACUUGCCGAUCAUGCAUAUGGUCCGGGG